AUGAUUUAACUGCUGGAAUUUAUUUUUGGAGAAACAGCAGUAAAAAAUCAAUUUAUAAUAUUAGGAGUCUGGUUGUAUAUAAAGAGAAGAUGAAAUUAACUCCUUAGCCUAAUAUGUUGUUAAGAAAAUAAAUGAAAUUGAUAUCUAAAUACAAAAUUUUAAAAAUAAUUAGUAAGGUUUUGUUUAUCAAUAUGGUAUUGUAUAUAUAGAUACAUGUAAUUAAAUUGAGAAAGAAUUUAAAUUGAAAUCACCACAUAAUUAUAUUUGGUAUAAAUAAAAAAUUGAAAUAAUGAUUGCUAAAAAAAUAAGAACAUUAGCAAAACUAAAAUAAUAAGUUAUGUAUAAAGCAGUUCUUUAAUAAAUAAAAUAUAAACAGAUUGAUAUUCCUUUGGAAAAAAAUUAAAAUAUUUGUUCAUUAAAUAAAUUAUAUUAAUAGCAUUAUUUAAUGUUUGUUUAAAAUAUCUAUAAGUCUUAACCUAAAACAAUGAAUUGGAUUUUGAUUAAAUAUGAAGAAAAAAUGAAAAAACAUUUAACUUAUUAAUUAAUUGAAUAAUAAAGAACAAAUAGCAAUUAAUUUAACUAUAAAAAGGAAGUUACAGAUUAUAUUCACACUUAUUUAAUUACUCAAUAGUUUUGGUUGCUAAACAAAGAUUAUAUAAUAAAUCUUAUUUAAUUUGUUUAUUAAUUGAAUAAAUCAAAAUUUUAAGAAGUUCAAUAAGGACUUUCAAAAUUUAUUUUAGAGUUAUCUAGUCUAAAUUAAUUUAAAUUAGAUGAAAAUGAUAUUUAGUAGAUAUUUGGUUAAAAAAAUUAAAAUUUAUAAAAAUAUUUUUUUGAAGAUUUUACUGCUAAAUAAACAAUUUAAUUUUUGGUUGAGAUAUUUAUUUUAUUAUCAGGAUUUAAAUUUUAAAAUCAUUCAUUGUUUAUUGAUAAAUAUUAAUCAUCAAGCCAUGCUUUUUUAUUGAAAUUUUGUGAAUAAAUCAAUAAUGGAAAAUGGGAUUUUACUAAUUCUUAAAUUUUAAAGCUGGCUGAUAAAGUUAUAGGAGACAUUCACUAUCAAAUUGUUUAAUAAUUAAAUCUAAAAUUUUAAAAUAAAGUUAUUUUUUAAGCAUUCAAUAAUUAUGAGUAAAUUGUACUUUUUGGUAAUAAUGAAUAAGCUUUAUCCAAUUUUAAACUAAAAAAUUUAGCUUAUUAUUAUUCCUCUUAAUAUUAAAUUACAGCUUCACAAAAUAAAAUUGAUGAAAUUCUUAAUAAUUAUUUUUCAAUAUUUAUCAAUAAAAUUGUAUAAUUAAAACCAAAAGAUUUAGAAAAAUAUAGAAAACCAGAAAUAUUCUAUUUAUAAUCUCUAAGUAAAGGUUAGUUGAGAUCGAAUGUGAUAACAAUAUUUGUAAAUGGAUUUAUAACUUAAAAAAAGCAAAAUUUAGAGAAGCUUUGGCCUUUCAAUUAAGAUUCAUAUCUUGAAACAUUAGUCCUUGGGUGGAGUGCUUCAUGCAUAAGUACUAUUUUUAAAUUUACUGGUUUGAGUAUUCUUUUUUGUGACCCAUUUGUGACAUUUACAGCAGGUGCAAUUUUGGGUGCAGGGAAACUAUUAAGUUAAUUUAAUACAGCCUUUUAAGAAGCAAAAAUAGUGGGAAAAUAUUUAGCUUAUUUUCUUGAUUAAAAUUAAUUAGGAAUUAAAGCUGUAAAUUUGAUUGGCUUUUCACUUGGAACAGUUAUAGUAUAUUAUUGUUUAAAAUAAUUGAUUAAAUUAUAAAAGAAUAAGAUAUAGAUAAAACCCAAUUAAUACAUAAUGUAUUAAUGAUGGGGGGAGUUGCAGAUAAGAAUUUAUUAUAAUAAUUGGAUUUUAGAUGUAUUUCUGGAACCUUUCAUAAUGUUUAUAGUGAAAAGGAUAUUAUUUUAAGUCUUGUUCUUCCUAUAUACAAUAAAGCUAUUACUCCAUGUGGUAAAUAUAUAAAAAAUAUUAACUUAGGACUAAAUCCGGUUUAUAGUAUGCAUCCUAAUGUCAAAAACCAUAAUUUUACUAAAAAAGUGUCAGGUCAUACUUACUAUGAGGGGGAAAUUAUAAGCUAAAUAUUAAAAUUGACUAAUUUUGAUGAUUAGUAUUUUAUUUUUUGA